CAGGGUUGAUUGGUGUGGCAUGUCAUGUCUUACAGUGGGAGAAGAUUAGUUUCUGUAGAGUUUAGUACUUAGCUAGUCGAAGUAUUAUAUAUCGCUACGUUUUGAUUUCCUUAGCUAUAAUCAGAUUUGUUUUAGAAUGAACUAUCAAGAAUCCCAAAUCGUCACUCCAGGUCCAUACAGGGCAACGAAACUGUGGAAUGAAGUUACCAAACUUUUUCGUGCGGGAAUGCCCCUGAAAAAGCAUCGGCAGCACUUCAGGUUGUAUGGGAACAGUUUUACUGCGGCAGCAGCUGUGGACUGGUUACACGACCUUCUCAGAAACAAUAGCAACUUCGGUGCUGAGGUCACGAGGCAGCAGACGGUCCAGCUACUGAAAAAGUUCCUAAAGAAUCACGUGAUUGAAGACGUGAAGGGCAGAUGGGGUUCAGAAGACUUGGACGAUAACGGUCAACUUUACAGGUUUCCCUCCACAUCACCAUUGAAGUCUAUUCCCAGCUGCCCAUCACUUACAAGAAAGAAGAGUUUCCUGCUGAAGGAAAAAGAGGGUCUUUUCAGAAUCAGGACAUCUAAGAAAUUCGACAAAGAAACACAAGAAAACUUGGAUCCGUUGAACCAAGAAAAUGCUGCCGAUUCGGCUCCGAGUGAUGCGGUCCAUCGGCGAGACCUGACGGAGGAAGACAUCCUGGAUGUUUGGAGAAAUAUAGCACUAACUCAUUUGCAGAAAACUCUGGGUUUGGUUUCGCUUGAUGACGUGUUGGACCCAGCUCAUGUUGACGCUCGGCACAUUGUGUACAACAUGACAAACGUCAACAAGCACGGGGUAGUGACUCUAGAGGAUAAAACAGGGGACCUGCCACACUGGGUUUUGUCAGCUAUGAAAUGUUUGGCAAGCUGGCCAAAGUAUGACUCAAAUCAGCCUUCAUACACAGGAUUUGAGAGAGAUGUGUUCAAAACCGUUUCGGAUUAUUUUCUUGGUCUUCCCCAGCCACUGCUCACAUUUCAGUACUAUGAGUUGUUUGUGAACAUUUUGGUUUUGUGUGGCUACGUCGUGGUUCCUAAAACGCAACGAGGAAAACGUAAAAAUCGGGAGGAACCCAGCUGUCCUCAGCCAUCAAAAACCCCUCACUUGAACAGUGCUAACCCUUUCAAAUCAACAGAGUGCCUUUUGUUGAGCUUAAUACGGAAAGAGUCGUAUGAGGAAACCGAUUCUCCAAUGAGGGAGGUGUUCGGUUCUAAGGCUCGGUCAGACCUUCUGGGGGCAGCUGCUACGGAAACGACCCAGCAGCCCGACCUGGUCCACAGUAGAGCCAGUGGCAGUAAGUUGAUGAGUGGGAGCUGCCAGAACCUCUCCCAAACCACACACUCUGGAGCCAUAUCGGUGAGGCUGAGACCAAGGAGCUAUUCCGUGGACGGCGUUAACGAAGAUUCGGCUCAGGUGAGGCGGAGACCUAGGAGCUGUUCCCUGGAAGGCAUUAUUGAAGAUCCGGAUCAUGCACACCUUCCGGGUCUGCUCUUCCCACCCUCAGAACACGGCGUUCCAGGCAGAAGCAGAGGCAGGAGGACCUACCCCUCCCUUCAACACAAAGCCGCCUCUCUGCUUGACAUCCACCCCAAAGCUGAACAACAGGUUUUUGCCUCCAUGGCAAGCCUUUCCUGUUGCAACAGUAUGAGCACAAAUGACUCCGAGGUGUUUAGCAACCACAGUGCUAGCAGCAGUAGUACACCAUCGCCACCGGAAGCCCCGUUGGCUAAAAGACUUCAGUCCAGAAGCUUGGGGGGCUGGGCUGGGGUUGGUGACCGGCGGGAGAUGUCGACGAGCUGCUUUAGCAUUAACGCCCCCGUGGCUGAAAUAACGGUGAAGCCAGAGCUCUCUUCCAGCACUGGACUGAGAAGGCUCAGUGUGCUCAAUCUGGCUGCCAGCAGCACAGAGGCCAGGGCAGGGCCCGGCGUGAGCAGACGCUGCUAUAGCUCUGUGGACCUGUCCAACAAGCCACCUACCUCUCCGCCCUCUGUGUCCUCUUAUGCACGCCACCCAAGUCCUGACCAAAGUCUCCUGCAGCCGCAGCUGGAGCGGGUCGCCGUGGAGGCCCUGCAGCUCUGCACCCUGCUCCUGCCCCCGGCCAGCCGACGCAAGCUGCAGCUGCUGAUGCGCAUGAUCUCGCGCAUGAGCCAGAACGUGGACAUGCCCCGUCUGCACGACGCCAUCGGGACGCGCACGCUGAUGGUGCACACGUUCUCUCGCUGUGUGCUGUGCUGUGAGGAGGAGGUAGAUCUGGAUGAGCUCCUUGCCACAAGACUGGUCUCUUUUUUAAUGGAUCACCACCAGGAUAUUCUGCAGGUUCCUGUCUACCUGCAGAAUGCAGUCCAAGAUCACAUCGCCUACCUCAGGAAGGUGCAGAUAACGUACCCCAGCUCUGGUGUCAGUGUCAGUGUGCCAGCGUACUCGUUCUGCACGCAGAUAAGCCCUCAGGAGUUCGAGGAGCAGAAGCUGUCCGUCUCACAGGCCGCCAUCGCUGACCUCCUGGAAAGCCUCAUCAAGGACAAAAGCCUGUCUGUGAAAGAUAAGAAGAAGCGGCUGAAGCAGUUUCAGAAACUCUACCCCGACAUCUACAUCCGCCGUUUCCCCACCACAGAAAGCGAGGCUCAGCUUUUCGCGGAUAAACCAAAGAUCAAGCCGCCAAUGUUGAUAAGUAUAAAGAAAGCCAAAGCUUUUAGCAUCCGAAACUGAAGGUUCAUGUUUUUAUUGUGUGCUGUGGGUGUUCUCUCUCUCUCUCCCAUGUCUCCAUGAAGACUUGGCAGCUAAAUGAAGACGAUAUGUGAAGAAGCCGCAGGACUUAUUUUAGUCCGAAAGCCAGCCUAAUGUUUUUAUGUUAUUAAAUGGUGUCAGAUUUCUACAGUAUAUUUUUAUUCUCAGAUUAAAAUGUUUUAAUGCGAUUUCUUACUUUUUUGUUUUGUUUUUGUUUUGACUGCGUUGACGGUUGUAAUUAAUUUUCACUUUUCCGGGUAUAUGGUCACAUUUUAUAAAAGGUCAUUGCUUGGGAUUUAUGAGGCAAGGGUAAUGAGUUUAAAGCCUCUUCAGGCUAUUGCGUAAUAUGAACAUAUGACUACGUUUUCAGAAAUAAUCCCUUCAACGUAUUCAUCCUUUGCCUUCAGCACAGACCACAUUAUUCCUUAAAAGGGUUUGGUUUUCCGCCAGUGUUGUUUUUUGUUUAAAAGGAUUUAAUGAAAUCGGUAGCUUGCAAUUACGGAACUUUUAGGGAUAACUUGUUUUAAAGCUCCAGUUUAUAUGCCUGUAUUUAAUGUGCUAUAACCUCUCCCAAACUGUCGUUGACAGUCUUUGCAUUUGAGAAUUUACUUAAAUGUUUUCCUUUUCGUUUCACCAAAGCAUGAAUUCUCUUUUGCUUGUAGUUCACUCCAGUUCACCUGCUCAUGUCUGCUGUGGUGUGGGAAUGUUUUUCUAGUUGAUGAUUGUGUUAUGUAUUGCGCUUUCCUGUAAUUAGUAGAGCUGUGAUGCAUGCAGUACUGUGUGUGUACAAAUAAAACUGAAUUGCAUAUUGCCACAGCCAGUGCAUUAAGCAUUGCAUUUCCUCAAUUUGUAAGGAAUAAGGAGAAAUUUCACUUUUCUUAAAAUCAAGAAUGUAAUUUUUCUUUUACUCUUAAAUCUGUAUUGUUUACAUAUUUUGUCAUUUGACAAAACCGUACAUAUUGGGAUUGCUGAAGUAAAUCUUUCUACAUUUAAACAA